UAAAAUAACUGGUGUGUUGGGUUGCAUAUUUAUCCCUGUGGAGUGUGGAGUGUGGAUUGUGGAAUUAAAUUGAAGAUCCAGAAAAGCAUUUUGGGAGCGAAAUGGGUCUUCUGAGCAUCAUCAGGAAAAUCAAGCGGAAAGAGAAGGAAAUGCGAAUUCUGAUGGUCGGAUUGGACAAUUCCGGGAAAACCACAAUCGUCCUAAAGAUUAACGGAGAGGACACCAGCGUUAUCAGUCCCACGCUCGGCUUCAACAUCAAAACCAUUACUUACCAAAAGUACUCCCUAAAUAUAUGGGAUGUUGGGGGCCAGAAAACAAUAAGAUCUUAUUGGAGAAACUACUUUGAGCAAACAGAUGGUUUGGUUUGGGUGGUUGACAGUUCAGAUCUCAGAAGGUUGGAUGAUUGCAAAUUCGAGUUGGAUAACCUUCUCAAGGAAGAGAGGCUAUCUGGAGCAUCCUUACUGAUACUAGCAAAUAAACAGGACAUAAAAGGUGCCCUUACACCUGAAGAAAUAGCUAAGGUGCUGAACUUAGAAGCCAUGGAUAAAUCUCGGCAUUGGCAGAUAGUUGGGUGUAGCGCAUACACUGGUGAGGGUCUGCUUGAGGGAUUCGAUUGGUUGGUCCAGGACAUAGCCUCUAGAAUUUACAUGCUUGAUUGAUGCUUGUUUAUGCCGUCAAACCCAAUAUGCUGUCUUAGGAAGAAAUUAUGGAUUCACGGCAUCAUUGAUAUGUUGCAGAUGGAUUUUAUUUUUUCUUUUGAAUGAGGUGUCUGUACAAUUCGAUAUUAGAUAUUGAAGCAGAAAGAUAUUAGAUUUUUUGCAGGUUACUUACCUAUCAAUCAUAUGUGAGAAUUGCAAUGA